AGAUUUAGUACUAUUGUCCUCAGGUGAUCAGUGGAACGGAACAAAACGAUGAGUACUGUAUAUAUAUUUAUCACUCUGCAAAUCCUCGUGCUAAAAGGUAUCCGGGCGACAGUCGCAGAAGCACCAUGCAACCUCUCAGCCUGCGAUGUGCUUCACAUGUUCACAAACGGUCAGAAGUCGGGUCAGUCUCUCAAUAUGGGCUGCACCACAGAUCUGCAUUGGCGCAAGCUAGACCGACGACUUCAAGCUAUUGAGCAAUCGGUUUGGACUAUCAGCUUCGGGCAGUCUCGGUGGCGUCAAUGUUCCAAGGCGUCCUGCAGAUGUGAUGCUACGCACCGCUCCCUCAAGUGCUGGAGGGCUGGCCUGACCUCUCUCUCACCUGAUCUGACUGUACCAGUUGACUUAUAUACCAUUGAUCUCGGCACAAACAAACUGCGAACGCUGCACAAGACAACGUUCAAAGGAAUGCGAUCAUUAACGGAAUUGGAUAUGUUUGACAACAACAUGGAGUUCCUUCCGUCGGGGAUUUUUGAUUCUCUCGUCAAUUUACGAAUACUACGCUUGCAGAGGAAUUAUUUAGAGGAAAUCAAUAACGACGCAUUCCGCUAUACAAAGAAAUUGUUCCACGUGGAUUUAUCUAACAACUUCCUGUACACUCUCCCUGAGCGAUUGUUCGUCAACAACUCGUACUUGGAAACCAUUGACAUUUCCAACAACCAGAUUGUUUAUAUACCCUCCUUUACGUUCAUUGGUCUCAAGUCAUUAUUGAUUCUGGAUUUAUCAAAGAACAAAAUUCAACAAAUAGAAAAUGGAACCUUUUUAUUAAAGAGUCUUCAAAUAUUGAAACUCUCGGAUAACAAAAUCAGUAAUAUCACAGAGAAUGCAUUCGAAGAUCUCUCUUCCCUUGAAACUUUGUUAUUAGAUAAAAACAAUUUGUUGAAUAUACCCAGUAAUUUAUUUUGCAAUCUCCAUUGUUUGACCUUCUUGGAUCUUUCGAACAACCAGUUGUUAAGCUUGACAGGUCUCGAGUUCCAAAAUUUAAGACAACUCCGAAAUUUGAAUUUGAAAGGCAACUACUUAACAGAGAUUCCGGACGACAUUUUUGCCAACUGCUCAAAUUUGGAGAAACUGGAUUUAUCUAAAAACAAAUUACGCUUCCUGAAUAUCUCAGCGUUUCACGGCUUGCAGAAUCUUACGUCGCUCAUACUCUCUGACAAUCAAAUAUAUGAGGUGCACUUGAAGACGUUUUCGACUUUGAAGAACCUCACAACAUUAUAUUUGGACAAUAACAUGUUCCCGUCUUUGCCGUCUCGAACUCUGGACUACCUUCCAAAGCUGGCGAAUGUCAAACUUUCUAACAACCCUUGGCACUGCGACUGUCACGCACUCUACGUGUCUGCAUGGGUACGGCUCAAUGAAAUGAAAAUUUGGGACUAUUCGCCAACGUGUGUUUCUCCAUGGUACCUGGAAGGACAUUUUCUCAAAAAACUCAAGUUCCCAGAGCUAUGUUCCGGUCAAUGGGCCAGCAUGGUGAAUUUAUCUCCCAGAUUGCCCAUGCAGCAGCUGUUGUCACUCAACGUAAGCGUGAAUAGGAAGCCACAAGAGAGCAUGGAGCAAAUCGACGUUGAUAUGGACGAUUGGAACUAAAUAAAUGAUUACAAUUGAA